GUGAACCGCGCUCUACUCACACAGCCCUGGUUUAUGAGGGAAAAUGUAUCGUCGCGGCCGACAGUCUAGCUCCAAGAUCGCUUUCGAUUUCUUUUUAUUCACUGUGCCAAGGGACUAUUUUCAUUUUACCAGACAAUACAAUAAAGGCUGUUCGUGUAUUGGCUGAUUUUUGAUUAAAGUUUCUACAUUUCUGCACGAAAAUGCCAAGGAACAAGAAGAAGAAUAGCAGGGGGGGGCAGCAUGGGGCUGUGCAGCCUUUCAGUGAUGAGGAUGCCUCCAUUGAGACCCUCAGCCAUUGCAGCAGCUUCAGUGAUGCCACCAGUGUAGCAGAUGAAGGUGGCGAGACCAAUGAGGAUUCAGCCCAGGAGGAUUUCCAGUAUAAACUGAAAGGGUUCAUAGAUAGCACCGUGGAUAAGAGUGCUAAGACGAGACAGGGAGCACUGGAUGGGCUUAAAACGGCAAUGGCCACACGCAUCCUGUAUGAGUUCAUCUCAGAGAGAAGGAUGACCAUCACAGACAGCAUCGAACGCUGCCUCAAGAAAGGCAAAGGUGAGGAGCAGCGAGCAGCAGCUUCUUUAGCCUGUUUGCUGUGCAUCCAGCUGGGCUCAGGAAUAGAGAGCGAGGAGGUGUUCAAGACCCUGAAACCCAUCUUCAAAAACAUCUUGGCAGAUGGAUCAGCCAACAUACAAGCCAGACAGGCUGUAGCAACAAGUCUGGGCCUUUGCACAUUAGUUGCAGAAGAUGACAUUUUGGAUGUGCAAGCGACCAUGGAGUGUUUCGAGAACUUAUUCACCCGGUCCUAUGCGAAGGCGGAUGGCACUUCUCCUUCGAUCGGUCCCCAAGUGAGCCAGCUCCACACGAACGCCCUGCUGUCCUGGGCACUGCUGCUCACCAUCUGCGCUGCCAGCCAGCUCAAGGACAUCCUACAGAAGCACCUGCCUAAACUGCAGAUGUUGCUUGAGAGUGACGAUGUCAACAUGAGAAUUGCAGCAGGGGAGACGAUUGCUCUGCUUUUUGAGCUGGCCAGGGACAUGGACGCUGAGUAUGAGUUUGAAGGCUGGGAUGAAUUGUGUGACAAACUGACCGCAUUGGCCACAGACUGUAACAAGCACAGAGCCAAGACAGACAAGCGGAAGCAGCGCUCAGUGUUCAGGGACGUUCUCAAGGCUGUUGAGGAGGGCGCCUUCCAAUCUGAGACCAUUCGCUUUGGCUCAGAGCGAAUGAGCAUUGACAGCUGGGUUAGAAAGAGGACAUAUGAUGCCUUCAGAGAGUUUGUGGGCUCUGGAAUGAACUACCACCUACAGGCAAAUGAGUUCAUCAGAGACGUGUUUGAACUGGGACCACCGAUGCUGGUUGAUUCAGCCACUAUGAAGGCCAUGAAAAUCUCUCGCUUUGAAAGGCAUCUUCACAACUCUGCUGCAUUCAAAGCUCGGACCAAGGCCAGAAGCAAGUUCAGAGACAAGAGGGUGGAUGUGGGAGAGUUUUAAAUUUCUUUUUUUUUAAUUUUCUUUUCCUUUUUUUUUUUUUUUUUUUUUUCCCUCUUUUUCUCUAAUGGGCUAUUUAUCAAGCUUUCCUGCUUAUAGAUGAAAUGGCACAAUUUUGUGUUAAUGCAGUCGUCCCCAAGAUCUCUUUGUGUAUCAAACGCUCACCUUCUGUAGGAUUAAGUGUUUUUAAUCACAGCAGUGUUGCUUUUAUUGGCUAAAA